CCUUUUAACCUUCAUUCCGUUUUUGCUUUGACGAGCGCGGUACACCAUCACGCUGGGGCCAUGGCUCUACUCUGGCUGUCGCUCGCAUACGAGGCUGCUCUGUCCUGGCUUCCCCAACAAGAUGUGCGGUCCGAAGGCUGGCCACUCACUGGAAGUCCGGUGCCGGUAGCCAUCAUCACGGCUUUCUAUGUCUACUUCGUGAAGAUCUUCGGCCCCCGGAUGAUGUUGCACCGCAAGCCUUACGAACUGAAGCUCUGCAUCCUCGCCUACAAUCUGCUAACCACGCUCCUCAGCGCCUUCUUCCUCGUGCGGUUCGCCAAGCUCGCCUACUGGGACCUGGGCUACACCUUCCUUCAGGAACAGGAUCUGGGUGUCUCCCCUGCGAACCUGGAGAUCGUGCGCCUCUCCUGGUGGCUCUACCUGUUCAAGCUGGGCGAGCUGGCCGACACCGUGUUCUUCGUCCUCCGCAAGAAGAACGACCAGGUCAGCACCCUGCACGUCGUGCACCACUUGAUCGUCUCGUGGAACAUGUGGCUGGCGGUGACGUAUGGCGCGCAGUAUCACAGCAUGUUCGUCAUUUGUCUCAACUCGCUCGUGCACGUCAUCAUGUACGCCUACUACUUCCUGUCUGCGCUCGGCCCAUCCUUCCGUCGCUUCCUUUGGUGGAAGAGAUACCUGACCCAAAUGCAGCUCGGGCAGUUCGUCCUCCUCUUCGCGCACGCCAUCGGCACGGUGUUCGCCACCGGCAACUACGUGCGUCUCUUCAGCUGGCUCGAAAUGGCGCAGGCGGUGCUGUUUUUCGUGUUGUUCACCUCCUUCUACGCCAACGCGUACACCAAGAACAAGAAGCCGUGAGCCCCAGCAGCGUGCUCCAGCCAACUGGAAUGCAAUGAGCGUUCGUUGGCACUGCUGCGGUGUCCGGGCACGUCUUAAGUGGAAUGACAAGAGACUGUAAGCUUACGGUUCCUUUCUUUGCGGAUCGAACUCGAUGGCUUUGCCCCGAUACUUGCAGUUUUUCUUACUUCACUUUUUCACAUUACUUUUUCAAACGAGCAGAAGCAUUCUGCGUACGUCACAUACGUAGCUUUGUUCAACUGCUCGCCUUUGCGGGUUCUCUUUUACACCCAUUUUUUGCUAUAUUUGUACGCGCCGUUGAGUGAUGUCAUUAUUUCUCCGGCCAUUGUGACUUGUCUUGUCUGCGCUCUUCGACUUCCUAAAAGACAACCAUGUUUUAUUCAUCUAGAAGACGCAGCACAUUACCUUUAUACUCUUUUAAAGUGUUCACAUUCAUGCACCCGUUCUGCUGUAGGACGAAAGGCCAGGCUUCCAUGUUCUUUGAUGCUGACACACUUGGCAAUAUUGCUUGUAAACGUCAUUCGCCGGCAUAACGCAGGCAAGUGUAGUGCUUAUCACGAUGUUUCACCUCUUUGUCUGAAAAACCAUGAACACAUUGGAAGUACGUGCUUUCCAAGUGUAGCAUGCUGUAAUUUCUUCGCCAUUUGACAUUGUAGUCUCUAAAAUUUGAUUGAAACGGAUACCUGUUAACUUGCUGUUUCAUCCUGGGCACUUUGCGGCGGGGCUUGCGCAAACAGGGUUUGUGAAAAUUUUCCGCCGACGCCCUACGACGAGAGGACAUUCUUGUGCUGACGUUCAGGACGAGCCUAUGCAGCAGCGAUAACGUGGCAAACGCAGCGCUGUUUCAAACAGCAAUGCCUAAUUUUGCUCCAAAUAUCGUGGACGUCUAGGCGAAAGAAAAACGAGGAUUUGUCAAGUGUGUCGCUGUUAAGAGUUCGCCUUUUAGGUUGUGCUUUUUCGCCUACUUUCUGCAGAAUGCUUCACCUACUAGUGUACAUCAUUCAUGUGAACCAAAGUUUGUGCCAAACAAAACGUGGUGCUUUGCACUUUUAUGUGACAACCCACUUUUAUCAAAUAAAUGGCAUAAACCUAUG